GCCCAUAAAAUAAGCAGCGAACCAUGUGAGCAGAGCCCAUGGGGAAAGCAAAGACCAUGCGGGGGGGGGGGGGGGGGGGCGCCCCCCCCCCCCCCCCCCAGACAGGAGACGAACGUGUUGCCUCACUGGAUGGAUAAAUGCAAACAACAUUUGAUCCAUUUCAACCCCAACCCCGACCCCCUUGGCCAAUUCUUGGCGAAAAGCAAGCCUCCCCAACCGCCGCCGCCCCGGCUCUUAGAGAGAAUGUCCCCGAUGCCACACUUAACUCAUUCGGACCUUCUGCAACCUGGGAUCCUCGCUGACGCGCUUCCCUCUCCCGCUGUCCCGCCUUAG